AUGCCCGGAUCAGACAAGACUUUCGCGCCUCUCAAGGCAACUGAUUACUUCUCGCCUUACCAUCGCCCAGGCGCUCCAAAAUCUUCCCAAAAACCCGAUCAAGAUGAUCCUUACGCGGGCCUUCGCGCAAAAGCGUUAAUAACUCUUGAAGCACAAGGGUUUGAACCUAAGACUAUGGCAGAGCGCGGUGUAACCUGGGCAGAAGAUCAAGACCCAUUCGGGCAUGUCGCGCAUUCACAGUACCUGCAUUUCUUCGGCAUUUGCUGGCAGCGUGUCAUGGAAAGCUACGACGAGUUCCUAUCUAAGCAAGAAUACGAGGAUAUGAUGAAAGGCAAGACUGUCAUCCCUGUUGUGCACAAGUACGAGAUUUUGUUAAAGAAACAAGUUCGUUAUCCAGACUCGCUUAUUGUGGCCAAUCGCGAAGUAAAAUUCACACCGAACCACAAUGUUGGUACGACAGUUCUGUUUUCUUUACAGCAGCAGGCAGUAGUGGCCCAGGUUACGGGAUUCAUUACUUACAUCAAUGCAAAAACUGGCCGACCAAUUGACAUCAGGACUGUCAGCGAUGGAUGGGUGAAGUUGUAUGAGGGAUUUACCCGGAAGGUUGAAACGGCAACGGCUCUCCUACAGAAGUGGGAAGAGAAGCAUCCACCAAAGACUCAAACGAAACUGUAG